GAAGUCCGCCAACGCGCAUUACGCACAGUUUCUCCACGAGCCGGGCGGUGUUCAUGUCCGUUUUGCGGGCAUAAAUCGGGAUAUUUCAGCGAUACAACUAAACAAUGGCAGAUAAGGAACUUCACAGAGUGAGACCAGACUUUGUGGACAAGGUGUCCACAGAAGUAAUUAAACAACUCCUGGAUGGCCUUUUGUUUGAUGGUGUGUUUAAUGAUGGAGAGAAGGAUUCAGUAGUUGAAGAGAAUCCUAGCAGAGCAGACAAGGCACGUGUUCUCAUUGACAAGGUGAAGAGAAAAGGACCUGAAGCCAGCAGGAGGAUGAUUGCUCGCCUGCAAAAGUUGGACCGAACACUGUACUGUGAGUUGGGUUUGUCCAGUGAUCAGCCUGCUCAGCCAGCUCCAGCAGAACCAGUGAAUCAGAGGGGAUUAGCUCCACCGAUCCCCACCGUGAAAGAGUUCUGGAGGUCCAAAAAGGAUGAUCCAGAGGUCUACCCCGUGACCCAAAGUUCCUUUAGGAACCGGGUAGCCCUGCUGAUCACUAAUAUAAAGUUCUCUAAUGAGUCAAUGAACAGAAGGGGAGCAGAGAUAGAUGAGGAGAACAUGGAGAAACUGCUCUCAAGUCUGGGAUAUGAGGUGGUGAAAUACACUGACCUCACUGGAAAGGCGAUUGAUGAGGCUUUAAUGAAGUUCAUUAAACAUCCAAAACUGAAACACACCGACAGUGUGUUUGUGGUUAUCAUGUCUCAUGGAAAGUUGGGGAAAAUCCUUGGGGUUAACUGGACAGAGGACAACCUGGAUGAAUUUCCAAUCAACAACAUUUUCAAACACUUGGGCUCUAAGAGCUGUCCAGAGCUAAUAAACAAACCAAAGGUCAUCAUCAUACAGGCCUGCAGAGGAGAACAAAGAGGAAGUGUUCUGGUCAGCGAAGGUCCAAACACAGCUGAUGAUGUUCCACAGACUGAGGACUUUGAAGCAGACAAGCUUCACUUUGUGCAUCCAGAAAAAGACUUCAUUUCUCUUCUCUCCUGCACACCUGACACUGUGUCAUACAGACAACCAGAUCGUGGGUCUCUCCUCAUCCAGUACGUUGUGAAGGUUUUUAGCCCAGAAUCAUAUCUGGAACACAUUUUUGAGCUUUUCACAAAGGUGUUGCAGCAUGUUGAACGCUUUAGGAGCUGUGAGAAACUACAGAUGCCAACUAUUGACAGAUACACGCUGCUAAAGAGCUUCUACCUCUUUCAAGGCCUCCUGGACAACGAUCACUAAUACCACAUGUUGUACUGUGAUUUGAAGCAGUAUGUAAAACAAAGCGUUUAAUAAUUGUGCUUGACCAGAACAAAAUCAGUUAAGUUUUAAGUAGGGUUGAGAAUAGUUUUUUUUUUUUUUUUAUUAGCAAAACUGCUAAUUUACAACUAUCUAUAGAGUUGAGACAGACAAAACACAUAUGACAAAUACAUACAUCAAGCAUAAAUAUAUAAAACCUUCACAGAUACAUUCAUAGUUAAAAAUGAGAAGAGGACUGAUUUACUUUAAGAAAGAUUUUAAGUUGUUUUUUAAAAAUUAGGUAAGACGGGGAUUCUCUUACAUUUGUUGGCAGACUGUUCCAAACCUGACUUCCUCUCACUGACAGCACAGUUUGUCCAAAUUAUGUUCUUCCGUGUGGGAUCUCAACAUCUCCUCUAGAGGAGGCUCUGGUGCUGAUACCCCUCACUGGUUUAAUUUUAAUAUAUUUGGAAAGGAGUGGGGCCAAAUCAUGAAGGGUUUUGUAAAUAAGACAGCAAUUUCUAAAAUUAAUGAAGUUUUAAAAAUUAAGCAUUUUGUAUUUCUCAAGAACGUUGCAGUGAUGAUGUGACAAAAGCUUUCGAUCUCAGAUUUUAAUGGACUUUUAAUAAAGGGUUUCUAUAG